UCAUUUUUAGGAUUCUAGCUGGUUAUACUCACAAUGUCCUAUCCUCCUGGGCGACCUCUUCAGGUGCCCCAAAUGCCACCAAAUUUGCAACCAAGACCACCAACAUUUGGCACUUUCCCCAGAAUGCCAGGGCAACCAGUUGGACCAAUGAGAAUGAUGACAGUAGGAAUGAUGCAAGGCAGACCUAUGCAUCCAGGGAUGAUGCCAACAAUGCCGCCCAGACCAGCCAUGACGCAGGUUACUGCAUCAAGCACUAUAGCAAUGGAUCAGAAAUCUAGUUUACAACCAAAACUCAAGAUUACAGUGUUUGUAGGAAAUAUAUCUGAGAAAGCACCUGAUGGGAUGAUAAAACAGCUUUUACAGAAAUGUGGCCCUGUUUUAAAUUGGAAGCGUGUGCAAGGCGCAUCUGGAAAGUUGCAGGCUUUUGGAUUCUGCGAAUAUGCCGAUCCUGAGGCAGGCUUACGGGCCAUGCGUGUCCUGCACGAUCUGAAACUCGCAGAGAAAAAGUUAGUUGUCAAAGUUGAUGCUAAAACAAGGACACUCCUUGACGAAUACCUCGCUGACAAGAAGAAAUCUGAAAGCAAAGAGGAUGGUGAAGCAGAGGAGGAGGAAGGAUUGAUAGACGACGAAGGAUUAGAUGACCACGCGAAAAAAGUAGACCGUGCGAUACAGGAACAGAUUAACCUCAUAUUGCAAGACCACCAAGCCGCCCUCAACAGUGGCAGCGACAAAGAUUCUUCGACAUGGGGGCCAAGGUCCUCGAAAGUGGUCUGCACCCAGCUCUACAGUACCAUGGUUGGUGGUGAGGAGUGCAAAUUUUUAGAAAAGGCACCUCAUAUUCUUGGAAUGGGCACUGAAAGCGUAGAUGAUAUGGAACUUGAAGAAGACAAAAAGAACCUGAUAUUUCGUGAAAUAGACAGGUUCCGCGAUACCUACAAAGCUGACAGAGACAAAGAAGAAAACAAGGACAAAGAAAAAGAAAGACGAGAGAGAAAGGAACGUGAAAGAGAAAGGGAACGUCAGCGUGAAAAAGACCGGGAACGAGAGCGGGAACGAGACCGAGAAAGGGAGAAGAAGGAUAAGGAGCGAAAGAGGGAACGAGAUCGAGAGCUGGAACGAGAAAGAGAAAGGGAAGUGAGAGGACGAAGCAGGGAUGAGCGCGAUUUAAGGAGGGAACGAGAGCGGGAACGAGAGCGGGAAAGGGACAGAGAAAAGGAAAGAGAUUAUGAUGAGGAAGAAGAGUAUGAACGGAGGAAAUUUGAGAGAAAACUAAGGGAAAAAGAAGAGGCCUACCAAGAGCGUGUUAAGAAUUGGGAAUCACGAGAGAGGAAGAAAAAGCGAGAAAAUGAGAAGCUGAAGGAACUGCAUGCAGAUGAAAGAAUAGAACAAGAGAAGGAGGCAAAGCGAUUGAAAGAGUUUUUAGAGGACUACGAUGAUGAAAGAGAUGAUCCCAAGUACUACAGAGCAAGUGCCUUAGAGAGGAGGAGAAAGGAGAGAGAAAAAGAAAUGGAUUUGGACAUCAAAGACAGGAAACGUGAAAAGGAAGAAAUCGAAGAUAUAAAGCGGAAAUUACUGGAAGAAGGCCGUGAAGACGUGGACGAGGAAAUUGAACGGUUAGAGAAGGACAGAGAUGCGCACAAAGAGAAACAGCUCCACAUGGUGUUGAUGUCACCCACGACAACUGCCGAUGAAAGCAAGCAGGAUAGAGUGCGAAUGAAACCAGCGUUCGCGCCAGUUCAGAGUGCUGAUAACGGUGACUCUGCCACACCAGAAAGUGCAUCACCAUUGAAGAUGGAGCAAGAUACAACCUCCUCUGGAGACGAGGAAUCUGAACCAGCUCCAACACGCACACAGUCUAAGAUUGGAUUUGGUGGCCUUAAGUUGGUUGGGGCUAGUAGUCCGACACAGAGUAAGAAAAACAAGAAAAUGUCAUUAGUUGAGGUAUUCAAUCAGGAUGACGAGGAUGGGUCAGAGGUCUCGCGCAAGAGACGUAAACUAAUCCCGAUAGAGUACACCGAAGAGGAGAAACAAGCAGUCGAGAUGACCAAGAAUGUUUUGACAGCUGAAGACAAGAAAAAAGUUAUUAAGACAAUCAUUGAUAAAAUUCCGACAUCAAAAGAAGAACUGUUUGCUUAUAAAGUUGAUUGGGUUAUUGUUGAUGAGUCGCUUAUGGAGAGGAGAAUAAAGCCUUGGAUUAACAAGAAGAUAGUAGAGUACAUUGGUGAGGAGGAGCCCACAUUGACAGAAUUUAUUUGCACUAAGUUAUUGGCACACAGUCCGGCCUCAAGUAUUCUGCAAGACAUCACAAUGGUGUUGGAUGAAGAAGCUGAAGUGUUUGUCGUCAAAAUGUGGCGGGUACUAAUCUAUGAGGUAGAAGCGAAGAAACAAGGUCUUGUGAAAUAGGGAUAGCAUCGAAAAUUAACUGUGUAAACCCACUCUAAGCCCUUAACGCAAUGUGAAUACAACGUUAGCCCCAAUAGUGUUAACACAAAAUAAUAAUUGUGAAUCAAAGUAAUGAUCAUUAACAAUAUGAAGUCCCACAUAAGAGUAGGACGUCAGUGUGAAUUCAUCCAUGUAUGUCAACAUUGUAAAUCGACCAUGUGAAUAGCCCUUAAGUUUUUUUUUUGAUAAUGUGGAUCACACUUGGUGCUGUUGUCCCUUGCCUUACUUGAGCUUGAUGACUUAUCUCCUAACACUAAGCAUGUGAACUGCAUUGCACCUUCAUUUUCUGAGAAACUCAGAAUUCAUUGUUGAAAAUUUUAUGUUUAAUCCUUUCUGUGUUCACAUUUGGUAUUUGGUACUUUUGUUUUGCUAUGUUAUAUAAACAACAUUGCCCAAUAUGCAAACUACUGGGCUUGCUAGGAAGUAUACCUUUCAUGGAUAUUAUUGGUAAUGUGUUGCACAAAAUGACAUUGUGCAGCAACAUUCAUUAAUAUAUGUGACCGACUCUAGCAAAACCAGGUGCUUAUCAAAAACAAAAGUCUUCAAAUCAGCUAAAAUCAUAUCUUUGCCAUUUGUUAUCAGUUUUUAACAAUUUUUGCAUCAAUUAUUAGCUUUUAACCUCUAGAUUACAAAGGUGUAAUAAUUUAUUUUUCUUUUCUUUUUUUUUUUUUUUUAGAGAAGAGCUUAUUUUUGUUAAAGUCAGUCACAUAUAUUUGUGGGACAUUCUAUGUCCUGUUUAUUGAUUAACACAUUCUAAUUCCUCAUUUGGGUUUCAAAGGUCUGUUUCGCUUUCUAUGAGGAACUCAUAUUUCAUGGGUGGAGAAAGACAAAUUGAUAGAGUAUCUUUCCCAAGGACACAAACAGUGUACAUUGAAUUUGAACCAAUCGUUCGCAAGCUCAAACCUUACAUUGAACUAUCAAAAUGCAUCUGCAACCACAAAUUGCAUUUUUUAAUAGGCAGUUGAUAUUUUUUAAUGACUUGUGAGGGGGCACUUCAAACCUAGCAUAAUAAUGUUAUUAUCAAUUUUGAGUUAAAGCCAGCCAAAUAACAUACACUAUAAAUUAUUGUGAUCAUUUAUUUAAAUGAAUAUGUUAUAAAGAUUUGAACAAGAUUAUAUUCUACAUCAUGUAGUAAUCUUCCUUGAAAUUUCUUUUGUUACACUGUAGAAGUUUUAUUGGUUUAUUAUUUAGCAACAUUGUAAAUGUGACAUUGUGAAUAUAAAUAUAUCUCUUUAGUGUGUUUACAUUUGUUUAUUUCCUGGUACAAAUAAUGUAACUGGGUAUAGCACACAUUCCAAAUGUCUAAUAAUGUUAAUGUGUCAAUUUUCUCAAGUUAAUUUUUAAAAAAAACAAAAAAAAAAACGCCCUUUAUUCGUGAACAUUUACAUUUAUGUUUUCUUUGUUGAAAUAAACUGCUUUGUUAUUAAUGGAUUUAUUUAAUUUAUAUUGAUUCACUGGUAAAACUAGGAGCAAUGAUGAAGCAAUGAAAUACAAGUAUAACAAAAAUAUAGCAGUUGUAAAUUAUUGUAUUAACGGGGUCGAACUUGCCUUUUGAAUACAAAAGUGAUCAACACAAUCUGUCGGUUUAGGUUGUGGACAAAAGGCCAUGUAUUAUCGCCCUCAGGCGACAAGUGUGUUCAUUUUCUUUGUCGAUUGUUGUUGAAGUUCUAGUCUAUGACACUCAAGCAGGGCGUGGUUUUUAUAUAAAGUACAGUACCAGCAUUUCUGUAUUUGUUCAAAAUGAAUAAAUUUAUGAAUGAAGAGGUUCU